CUUUGGUGGGAUUUUUUAGUAGUUUAGUCAUUUUGUAAAUUAUGUGCCUGAACUCAGAUACAGCCCAAGGGCUUUCAGUGAAUGCUUUUUACCAGUUUGCUUAACUAAUUUUGCUUAAUCUUAAGGAGAAAGUGUCUUGCUUGGGGAAAUGCAGUGAGAGCACGGGUCAGCCAUAGGACUAUCCUGGUUCCCACUCUUUGGCUGUUACCAAUACGUACCACUGACCUUAGUGUUUGAUUUGAGUUUGGUCUGUCUUGUGAAAAGAAUUUACAAUCUACAUUAAGUUUCUUUAUAAAGUCAUAAUGAAUAUUACUGUAUUUCUUUAAGAUAAGUGAAUUGAGCAAAUACUUUUAUUGUGAAUCAGAUUUCUCUGGGACUUUGUUCAGGAAGAAAAAGAUCACUGUGGCUGUAAUUCUUCCCUCUCUAAUAAAAUCCUGCAGUCUGAUUCGUAUGGUAGACUAAACCCUUACACUUGCAUAGAGUACCAUUAAAGACAAUGGGGUUUCACAUGUUUGCAGGGGUCCAUCUGCAUUUCAGAUUAUAUUAUUUCUUUUGUCUUUUAGGUUGUUGAAAUAGUCUCACUGACUCCUAUUCAAUAUGAUGCUUUGACUUUCUCUGUGAUGGUGAUAUCAUACCUGCCAUGGAAGUCACCAAUAGAAUAUAUGGUAGAGCAUCAUAUAGAGCAGGAGCUGGUGAAUCUCUACUUCAGGAGGACCAGAAAGACAAAAACAGAUUAGUUUAAAGUAAAUGAUAAACUGAAUGACUUUCUUUAUUUUGAGGCUUUCCACUUCCACUCUUCCAAUGUUUCAUGGAUCAUUAUUAUUUUAUUAGUUAUUGCAGGUAUCUGUAAGGCAUCCAUCACUAUGGAAUCUGGGCACAUUUCACAUAGGUUAGAAUGGUACCAAACAUCAGCAUUUCUAAAACAUCUCAAUCUUCCCAUCAAAACUUUUCAUAACUCCAUCCCCACCUAAAUCUUAAACUUUGCCUUGUGUCCCCUCUUAACCAUUUCAUUCUGACAGUGAUUCCAGUCUCAAUACACAAUUUCCUUUCUCCCUUCAUGGCUCUGUGCAUUUUUCUAUAUCACCUUAGGAGUAGUAGGUAAUGCUGCGCAUACCAGCUUUCCAAGUGUAAUCCUGUCUUCGCUCAAGUUCCUCUUAAAAACCCACUUUUUUGUGAGUCUCACAAGAAGCAUGUUUUUCAUUUAUAAUUAAACACAAUCACCACCCCAAACCAAAUAAAGCCACCCCCUCCUCUGGAUUUCCCAGUGUGUCCCAUUCUCUGGGUCUGCCUUUUAGACUGUGAUAUCUUUGGGGACAGGAACUAUAUUUAUUAUUGUGCAUUGUAUAGCACCAAAGGCUCUUGAUGCUAAACAAAUAAUAAUAAUAAUAAUUAAUAAAGAAUAGAAAAAUAGCUGGAUAUACUUUACAUGUACGUCUCUUUAUGUCACUUUUUGCAGCUUGUCUUUAAGAAAAAUGGCAAUUUCCUUUCUGGUCAAUUCUAAUUUUUUGAGACAUUAUAUAAAAUGGUUUGCAGAUAGAAAUAAUCACAGCUCAAAUGUAAUUUAAUUCAGUGUGUUGUAAAGUGCUUUGAAGUGAUUUACUCAACUGCACAAUCACAUUAUUUUGAUAUACUGUGAUGUGAACUAAAAAAUGUUGAGGCUUUGUCUGAGUUUUGGUGUAAUGAUCCGAUUGCUAGCUUUGCUGGAUCAAAACAAUUGUUUUCCUCUAACAUCAUGCUUUUAGAACUCACUGGCAUCUAUUUGUUAGGUAGGGAAAGACAUUAUGCUGACCUGGUCAAGGCAUUAUUAUCAUUAUUUAUUUGAAUUACAGUAGCAUCCUCUAGAGGCCCCAACUGAGAUAAGGGCUCAGUUGUGCUAGACACACACACAUAGGGGCAGCGUGUUCACUAGAGAAAAAAGGUGUUUUUAUCUUGCAUUAGCUGACAUGAGUUAAAAUCCUUGUGAAAUAAAAGGCAGUUUGUAGUUUACACAGGUGUUAACAGGUGAUCUUAAAGACUAUGGGGAAGUCUAGGGUUACCUGCAAAUUCAAGUAAAAAUUACAAAUGUUCUCAUCUUCACUAGGAUUUUGAUUCAUGUUAGUUAACUCAAGCUAAGAUGGCACCUUUUUCCUAAUGAAGAUGCAUCCAGUGAAAGUCAAUCCCUGCCCUAAAGGCUAAGUAAUGACAAUCUAAAUAGACAUGAGAAAUAUAGUGUCAGACCACAGAAGUAUUAUUAUUCCAUUUUAGAAAUGGUGAACUGAAACAAAAUCAAUGUGCUUAAGUAGCUUGCCAAAUCAGGAGCUAAGUGACUUGCCGUUGGUCACACAGGGAGACCAAUAUUGAGCCCAAAUCUCUUGAAUGCCAAUCUGUCCAGUGCCUUACUUACAAGGCCAUCCUCUCUUGCUUGAAUGUGACCUAUGUCCAGUGAAUUUUUGGUGUGGUCUUCCUAGAGUCUAUUAUUUUAAAUCUAUUUUUCUCCCAUUUCACAAUUUCUGAGUACUGCUUUAGAAGAUCCACUGGUGUGAAAAGAUGUGGAAGAAGGCUAUAAGAAGGCUGCCACUGGAGACAUGCCAACUUACCAGAUCCGAACUCCCACCACAGCCUUGCCUCAAGGAGUGGUAAUGGCAGCCUCACCAGGAACUUUGCACAGCCCUCAGCAGCUAGCAGAAGAGGCAACACGCAAAAGGGAACUGAGACUUAUGAAAAAUAGGGAAGCUGCUCGAGAAUGUCGCAGAAAGAAGAAGGAGUAUGUCAAAUGUCUUGAAAAUCGUGUGGCUGUGCUUGAAAACCAAAACAAGACACUGAUUGAGGAACUCAAGGCCCUCAAAGAUCUUUAUUGCCAUAAAGCAGAAUAACUGUCUUUGACUUGGACCUUGUUUACUAUGAACUUUAAUCAAGAUUGCCAUGUGAAUUUGAGGAAGGGACACUUGUGACCCUUGUGAACCCAAUUUUGCUUAGUGUUUUCAGACUGAUUUGGGAAAUUGUUCCAAAAUUUGGAAUGCUGUCAUGGUCCCCAUACUAUACUGAGCUUUCUUCAAUCUGCAUUUUUUAAUAGCUGCAAAUGGCGUUUUUGUUUGCACUCUUUACUUCUGCUUUUUGCAGGGAAGCUGCUAAAGAAUGUCGACGUCGGAAGAAAGAAUACAUAAAAUGUCUGGAGAGUCGUGUUGCAGUGCUAGAAGUUCAGAACAAGAAACUUA